AUGUCCAGUGCUGUUCUCCAUCGAGACACCCACUUCAUUCCCCGGAAAGCUGUCGGGGGCGAAGGAUGCUACAUCUUCCUGGAGGAUGGCACCAAAUUCCUGGACUCUACCGGAGGCGCUGCGGUGUCCUGCCUGGGCCACGGAAAUGAACAUGUCAAGCAAGUCGUCAAGGCACAGAUUGAUCAGAUCUCGUACUGCCACUCAGCCUUCUUCGGUACUCAAGCAACAGAGGAUCUGGCAACCUUUCUCACAGAGUCCACAGGCGGCAAGAUGUCCAAGCUGUUUGUAGUGAGCUCGGGGUCGGAGGCUUUUGAGGCAGCUCUCAAGCUUGCUCGUCAAUAUUUCCUCGAGCUGCCGACUCCACAGCCUGAGCGGACAAGGUUCAUCUCUCGCUUGCCCUCGUAUCACGGCACCACGCUUGGAGCGCUGGGCGCUGGUGGACAUGUGCAACGAAGGCAGCCAUUCGAGCCCCUUUUGGCCCAGAACACAUCUCAUGUCUCACCGUGCUAUCCUUAUCGGGGUAAGAAGGAGGGAGAGUCAGACGCCGACUACGUGGCUCGUCUUGCCGCAGAGCUCGACGCAGAGUUCCAGAGAGUCGGUCCUGAGAAAGUGUGCGCUUUUGUCGCUGAGCCGAUUGUCGGUGCGGCCCUUGGUUGCGUGCCCGCUGUUCCUGGUUAUUUCCCCGCCGUGAAGGCCGUCUGCGAGAAAUAUGGAGCUCUGUUGAUUCUGGAUGAAAUCAUGUGCGGCAUGGGUCGGUGCGGAACCCUUCACGCAUGGGAGCAGGAGGGUAUUGUGCCUGACAUUCAAACCAUUGCCAAAGGUCUUGGUGGGGGCUACGUGCCGGUGUCCGGUAUUUUGAUCAACGAUGCCGUCGUUCAAACCAUGGACAAAGGUACCGGUCAGUUUCGACAUGGGCAAACCUAUCAGGGCCAUCCAGUCUCUUGCGCGGCAGCAUUAGCGGUUCAGCAGACUAUCAAGCAACAAGCGCUUCUGGACAAUGUCCGUGACAUGGGCCAUUACCUUGAGCAACGUCUUCGUCAGGAGUUCGAGUCUCAUCCACAUGUUGGCGAUAUACGUGGAAAAGGCCUGUUCUGGGGCUUGGAAUUCGUGCAAGACAAAACCACCAAAGAGCCAUUCGACCCCAAACAUCGUUUAGCAUUCCACAUUCAGGAGACUGGACUGAAGAAAGAGUACGCCGUCUCAUUCUACGGGUCUUCCGGCACAGUUGAUGGCAUUCGUGGUGAUCAUGUGAUAAUAGCACCACCUUACAUUGUGACAAAAGAGGAGAUCGAUGUUGUGGUGGACACGCUGGCUAAGGUUCUUGAAGUCGUGCUUGCUAAUUUUCACGAGUAG